CCCUGGCCAGCCACUGCCGGGAUUAGGCUGCUCCAACAGUCUGGCUGACACUCUGUGCAGGAGCAGGGUCCGGGGGUCUGGAGGCAGCACAGCCGAACUGCUGCGCAGCCCUCCAGCAGGAACUCUAGAACUGAAGGAGCAACAGUCACCACUCUGAAGAUUUUAGAAUUAUGCAAGUUUAAAACAACCUUUGAAAACACCCAACUUAAGAAAAUACCACAUUUCUGGUGGUUUUUUGGUUGUUGUUGUUUGGGAGUUCCCCCCCUCCUUUUUUUUUUUUUUUACUUUUCUUGGAAUACUGCAAGUAUUUUAGUUACUAUGCCUGCUGAAGAGCCAUAUGGAAAAAUCGGUUCUGUCCUGUUAAACUGGUUGCACAGUUUUGAUUUUCAUGUGCCUACAGAGAUCUGAAAAGUCUAUGUUGUUUCAUUUUAUGCUUUUUCGGCAGAGAGGGCAAGUGGUCUGUGGAUCAUCUGGCCAAGAACACAAUAGUAUUGAAGAUGUCCUGGCUCAGGUUUUAUCUGCCUCUCCAUGUUCUCAUGGCAGCUUGCUUGUGCCAUUCCAUAAAAGCACCUACCACCAGUUCCCAACAGAGCUUCAGGACUGAUCUCUUCAAUUUCUACCACUCCCUGAUACUUGCUGAUGGUAAGGAAACUACAGUUCACCUGAUGAAGGAUAUACCCAAAAGGUACUACUUUGUUUUGGAAGAAAGCAGAGUCCUUUCACCUUUCACAAUAACAGUGACCCCAUGUGAUGUUCCCAUCGAAUGGAGCAUACUUGUGCACAAGGCUUCAGCAAGUUUCCCAGGAAAAGAAACACAAGGUGACCAUGAUACACAGGAGGUCUCAAAAUCUCAGAAGGCCCCAAGCAUGGUAUCCACCAUUUUUAACUACAAGGGAAAUUCUGUAGAGACUUACAUGGGUAUGUCUUCCCAUUCUGCCCUUUACAUGCUGGAGUUCUUAUCCACUGAGCGAGACACACACAUUACUGUGUACCUAACCACUGACACAACAUCUGGGCACCUCUAUCCUGAGCUCCCAAUGGAUCCACGCAUAGAUGUUAUUGGAGUUGGGCAUACAACAGUGACUCUGACCUGGAAACACAGUCCUUCUGUCCUGCAACAUAGAGAAAGCAUCCAGUACUGUCUCCUAGUCAAUGAGAAGCACAACUACAAGAGCUUAUGUGCUGCUGAGACAGCAAUCAGGUCCUCUGGAAUGAAGCUGCCACCUACACUGGCUUUGUCCCUCUCUCCCUACCUUCUUGAGCCACAGCAGGUGAUGAUCCUGUCCAACAGUGAACUGAGCAUCAUCAACAAAGUGAGCAGUGGGGAAGUCCGGCAGAUCUGCAUGGGCACCAAGAACACUUACACAGUGCCCAACCUCAGCCCCAGCACCCAGUAUUACUUUGAUGUUUUUGUUGUCAACCUCCUUACGAAUGCCAGCGCCGCUUACACCGGGACGUUCGCAAGGACCCUGGAAGAACCUGAACCCAAGGUGACCGAGCUGAAAGAUGGCAAAGUGAUUCAGGUUGUCCUGGAUGGGAAAAAGCAGAAAUCCUACAGCCUGCAGUACCAGGCGAGGCACAAGAAAGUGCAGUUCUCCUUUCAGCUGUGUCAUGGCCAAGUACGGGUUCACAUAACAAGGAACGGCAAAACAGUGGCAUUGGAAAACAUCUCAGGGCUGAAGUAUUUCUCUCUGAAGGGAAAGCUGUUGGACACGUACCUGGUGCAGCUGAGGUCCACAGAGGAAUCUAACUCUUCUGUGAAAGUACAGGUGUCCCCCCACUUCCACAAGCCUUUAUUCCCGCUUCUUCCAGAGAGCUUAAAAAUCAAGUCCUUCAGUAAACUGAGAACCUGCAACUCUGUGACCAUUGCCUGGCUGGGAACACAAGAGAAGAGCAAGUACUGUGUGUACAAGAGAAGGAUUGAGGAAGGUCAGGUCUGGAGGGAACUGCAGAGUGCAGACAGGUGCUCUGGACCUGAAUCUCGGCACAAAUCAGAGAAAGUGCUGUGCAAGUAUUUCUAUGAUCUGAAUCUCCAGCGAGCCGUCACCACAGAGACCAUCAAAGGGCUGGAUGCAGGAACUCUUUACUUGUUUGAUGUUUACCUCUUUGGGCCAUCUGGCAUCCCUGUCAGAUAUCACAGCAAAGUCGUGAAGACCAGAAAAAAAUGCUGAAGGUUUUAAAGAAAAGUUUUGAAGUGAGUGAAUGAAGACUUCUCAAAAUCUACACCAGUCCAUGUCAUAGCAUGUGAAGUUUAAAAUAUGCUGAGACAGAAAAAAUAUAAAGCCAUGAGAUUCUACAGAGGAAAAAAAAAAAUCUUAGUUGUCUAGAUCAUUACACUUACUUUUACAUCUCCUCUCCUGUGUGGGGUGAGGUUUUUUCUUUUCCUAUCUCAUUCAGACACCAAAAACAGACCUGUGAAACAAACC